AAAAAACACCAAAAUAUACAAAAUUGAAGAUCUAAUCUCAUUCGCUUUUAUUCUCCCAAAAAUAAAAUAAAAGUGAAAAAAAUCUUUCGCUAGAGACUGAUUUUCCCAAACAUCACAAUAACUGCGCUCGAAUCUCUAUAACCGUAUCAGAUUGAAUCGCGCCGUAGACAUGACGCCCCGAAACUGGAAGGUUGGAUUUUCCUUUUGAUUUGUUGAAUAAUUUCGGGUUUAUGAGGGUUCUAAGGUUCAGGAUUUCGCCGAUUAUGUUUGUUUUUCUUGCUCCUAUCAUUACGAUCAUGGUAUACUAGGUUUUCGGGUUGCUAGAGUUAUUUGUGACUUUCUACUGCGUUGUUGAAUCGAAAUUUAGUUGAUUGGCGGUGGCUUUGUAUGUUUUUGUUAUCGAUUUACUGAGAUGAUUGGGGGGAGGCGAUAUCGAGCGGGUUCAAUCGGCCGUUCGCCGUCGCCUCGGCGCCCGCCGCCGAGGUCACGGGAUUUUAAUCCUCCGAGAAAUUGGAAGCCGUCGCCAUAUCGACGGCGUGAGAUAGAAGAAUAUCCAGGGGAGGCUAUGCCAUCGCGGAGGAUUGAAGAUAGAGAUCAUUUUGAGGAUAGGGUUUCAAGAUUUUCUGAGUAUGAUGAUAGAGAUAGGUACAAGAAUGGUGGUAGGAGAUUCCGGAGCCCGCUGAGAAUCGAGAAGGUUAAUUUUGAUAGGGAUAGGGAUAGGGAUAGGGCUGUGAAUUUGUCUAAUUAUGGAGAUGGAGCCAAAGGUGAUUAUGAUAAUGAGGUCAGUCUUGGGGUUUCGAGGAGAUCAUACCAUGAGGAUUCGUAUCGUGGUGAUUUGAGUUCGAUGAAAUUGAAGUGGGAUCCGCCUUUGGAUGGAUCCCGAAAAUCUGAUAACCUCAGCUGGAAGGAUUACGGCAUCUCUCGUGGCUCCAAUGGUGUUGGUGAUGUGAAUGUCACUAGCAGCGGUGACAGAGAUUAUCAUCUGCAAAAUCAUUACUUGGAUUCUAGUCGGGCUGGAUUGCCAGUAUCGCAGUAUUUGGAUAGCAGCGUGCCUGUUUCCUUAAAGUAUGAGAACAGAGGUAAGAUGCACUCUGAUUCGUAUGCAUUGGCUCGUGGUGGAGUGGAUGAUCUACCCGUUGGUAAUUUAAGUGGCGGUGAUGGUGGCGGCCACAUGUCUUAUGUUGCAUCGGAUUAUUUGAAUGGUGAUGCUAACAGAAAACGAUAUUUUCAUUUUCGGGAUGAACCUCAUUUGGAGAGAAAGCAUGGAUUGAAUGAUCGAGAAGAUAAUUAUUUCGAAAAAAAAAGUGGGAGCUUGCAUUACCAGGAUAGGUAUCAGGGAGUAGGGAAAACAGUAGAGAGUGAAAUAUACAAAUUCGAGGAGAAAGACAACCUCUUGACUUCUCGUGGUUACUUGAAGGGCGAUUCUGACUAUAUGGUAUCAACAUCUCAGCAUAAGGACUACGAUCCUGUGCCUUCGGGCAUCUCAAGAGAGGGCUUUUCUGGUUAUUCUCCUACCAGAGUGCUUCAUAUGCCAUCAUCAGAUGUUAUCCAACGAGGGAGUAGACUGACCUCUCAGCCAAUUCGCUUUGAUGGACAUAGUGAAAUGAAGCAGAACAUGUUACUCGCAGAACCUGGAUGUCAAUUAGAUGAUAAAAGAAGUGGUUCUCAUUCAUAUGUUGGGAUACCCGAGAAUAGACAGGGUGAUUGGUCAUAUGCCGAAUUCGGUAGAAGCAAAAUAGACAGUAUAAGUGGAAGGGUCAAUGAUGUCGAAGAAGACUACAGAGACCAGCAUAUAUCAAGAAUUGAUGCCUUGAAGCGUAACGUUGAUGCAUGUUCUCGUAAAGAACAAAUGGAAGAUGAUGGACCGUGGAACCAAUACCCUUCUUUUCAAGUGCAAUCAACACCUGAUAAAUUUGAUGUGCAUGGAUCACUCCAUUUGAGAAGGGAAGAUGUGGAUACUACUUUGGGUACUGAAAGUAGUUGCCUCAAUUAUGGAGCAGAAGGAUAUUAUGGCUUCGGAGGUGUUAAAACGGAAAAGCAUCAUGCUGAUGUGGAUUUUCGUCAAUGGUCUCAUUAUGAAAAUUCAGAUCCCUUGCAAUCGAGAGAAAAUGACCCUACUUUUGGUGGACUUUACGAUAGCCCAAGAAAGAGGUUGUCUAUGGCAGACAUGAGCUUGGUUGAAUCCUGCGAGAGGAGUCUGAGGGACAAACUUGUUAGGGAUGAAAUGUCGUAUGAGCAUGAUAUUGGAAUUAGGAUUUCUGCUGAUGGAAAUGGAGCUCGUAGGAUUUACAAUCAAGUAGACAUAGAAGAUGAAAUUGAUCUUUUACAUUUUUCGAAGAGGCCCAAAUCAAGCAGAUCUGACUAUGAGAAAACAUGGAGAAUGUCAAGCGGUUUGUGCAGUGAUGAACCACCCUCUUCAGAUUUCCAGUCACAUCACUCAAUCAAACCCCAGAAAUCGGACUCUAGAGAUAUAAAAAAGAGGCUGGGACCAACUCAGAAACUUCAUGUUUCACAGCGGUUGGUGAAGUAUAAACCUUCCAUAAAGAAGCGGUUAGAGCCUCCACUAUCAAAGAAGCGUGUGCAUACACUUCCAUGGAUAAAAGAUGCGAGUUUUACCACAGAAACCAGUAAGCAAAAUGAUCCAGAUGGAGGUGUUCACUAUCAUGAUGGAGACGACUUGGGAGAUCAUCUUCCUCUAGCAAAAUCUGAGCCGCCAGAAAAUUCUGAGGAGUUCAAGCAGCUGGUGCAAAAUGCAUUUUUCAAGUUUCUCAAACAAAUUAACGAGACGCAGAUAAAAAGAAAUAAAUUCAUGGAGCAAGGAAGAAAAGCUGGUAUUUUAAAGUGCUUUGUAUGCGGCAGCAAUUCCAAGGAGUUUGUUGGGACAGAGAGGCUUGCAAUGCAUGCCUUCACAUCCAAGAAAGUUGGCAUGAGGUCUCAGCAUUUGGGCUUGCACAAAGCGCUAUGUGUACUUAUGGGAUGGAAGACUACGGAGCACCCUAGCAGCCAAUGGCAUCGUGAAGUCAUGACUGAUGCAGAGACUCAAGUUUUGAAAGAAGAUCUCAUCAUUUGGCCACCGAUCGUGGUUGUUCACAACAGUACCAUAGAUAGCAUGAGUCCUGAUGAAAGGGUUAUCAUAUCCGCCGAGAAGCUAGAUACCAAGCUCAGAGAUAUGGGUUUCAAAAGCAUUCUUAAGGUAUGCAAUGGAAAACCUGCAAAUCAGAGCGUGUUGCUGGUGAAGUUCAACGGUACACUUUCUGGAUUACGAGAGGCGGAGAGGUUCGACAAGAGAUACAUCAAAUCUAAGCAUGGGAGAGCCGAAUUCAAGCAAUUAAAGUCCGAGUGUGGAAGUUCCAGAGGCAAAAAUGUGGUAUCUUUAGAGAGCGAAGACGACUUUUUGUAUGGUUACCUGGGAAUUGCAGAGGAUCUGGAUAAACUCGAUUUCGACACGAAGAAACGAUGCAUUUUGAAGAGCAAAAAGCAGAUCCUGAGCAUUGUGCAUGCACCUAUAGAUACUGGGGGAGAAACUGGCAGAUCAUAGUAACACUAAUUCAUAUUUUGAUCUCUUUUGCAUACAAAUAUCGAAUCUCCGUCUGUUCUCAUUUUUUUUUGCCAUCUAUAUUUUGUUGAGCUCUGAAUGUUUUUUAUACAAUGACUGGUUUGUAAAUCAGAAGACUGCUGUAAGUUGUAGGCAGCUAAUUUAACAUGUCUCAGUUUUUGACUUUUUGUUUUAAGUUAUCCUGUGAUGGAUCAUAUUAUCAAUAAAUUGGCAUUUUAUAUA